AUGCUUGCCCUGAUUGGGUCUUUUACACACGACGUGGCCGUUGAUGCUUUCGCUUUCAGGCGUGGGGCUUGCCUCAAUCAAAUUGUGCAAUCCACCCUGCUCCCAAUUGAGAGAGUUUUAGCAGAAGGGGUUGGAACGAAAGCAAGUGAGGGGUGGAGGGGUAACAUGAUGUAUAUAAACACCAUCCACGCGGUGGCACGACCUUCUUCUUCCUCUUCUUCUUCAAGCUCUUCAAGCCCAAGUCUUCAUCUCAGUCUAUCUUCCAGCCAGAUCAUACUUGACCCUUCUACCUUACCUUCACCACCAACACCAUCACCAUGGCCGACGAAGCUACCAAGGCUCACCUCCGCACCAAGUUCGACAAGCUCACCGCCGAUGACUUCAAGGAGGUUGCAGGCAACAAGGAAGCCCUCGCCGCCAAGGUCGCCGAGAAAUACGGCAUCUCCAAGGACGAGGCUACGAAACAAGUCGAGGAGGGUUUCGCUGGCAAAUAAGUAG